CUUGGAACUAACGCUCAAAAUGAAAGUUGCAUUGUUUGUUCUUGUUCAUCAGUUCAUUUAAUUUCUUUAAUUAAUAGAAGUACAGCAUUAAGUUAAUGAUAUUCCAUAAAUAGAAUAAAAAGUGAAUGAAAUAAUUAACAUUAAGCGAUUUUUUUGCUAUCGAACAUGUAUUAUUGUUCUGGAAAGUGUUGGAAGAAGUAUGCAAAUUAAAAACUCGUGUUUCUAACCUUCAAAAGUACAAUAAAUAAAUUCGAAAUGGAUUGUCAAAUACGAUUAAUUAUUUAUAAUAAGAAUUCCGUUUAUGACGAUCUUAUUGUAAUGACACACUGUGUAAUUUCAAACAAGAAGAUUGAUGAAAUUACCAAAAGCGAAAGCUACUUCUGUGAUGAUAGUUUAACGAAACAAAAAAAAGUAUUUUCAAUUCCUAUGAAUCAAAAGGGUCUUAGUUCAUAUUUAGUGUCCGCUUAUGUUUCAAAUUUGCGGAGGUCCGAUAUUUUUAGAAAAUCUGCGCUUAAAAUCUUACAAUUAUUCCUUAUGAGAAAUACAUUCUCGCAAGAAAAUGGGAUUGUCUUAAUGAAAUUGAGAAAUCCAAAGAAACAUUUUAUAGAUUAUGCUUGGAAUGAAAGAAUAACUCAAAUGGCGGCAGAAAAAUGCGAAAUUGAACACGCAAUGUCUUGGUUAUCGACUUUAGGAGGAGCUUUUUCUGCCUUAGGAGAGGAAAUUCCUCAUUGCGCGGAAGUAGCUGGAAAAAUAUCAUUAAAACAAUUUAAGUUGGCUUAUCGUUUAGGCGAUCCAAUUUUGGUUGCUCGAUGCAAAUUAUACGCAGCUUUGAGUUUAAUUCAAAGAGGAAAUCUUAAGCUACCAAAACAAAUGUUAAGAGACAUCUUUCGAUUUGCCGUCAAUGAAAAAGAUGUUCGUCUGCAAAAUAUGUGUAAAGGAGUGUGGGCAAAAUUAAAAUACUACCACGACAGGAGGAAACAAUUAAAAUCUUAUUAACUAUAAAAACUUUCUAGAAUUAUAUAAAAAACAGUGAGCGUGUGUUUGUGGGGUCAAAUUACGAAAAAUGUAAUUUGUUCGUUUUGUUUUGAAUAGACGGAUGAUAGCUUGAUAUUUUUUUCUAAAAAAAUGUGUCUGUCUUAUUUAAAU